AUGUGGACAAUUUUACUCUUGCUAAUAGGAACGACACAGGGAAGGCUCCUAGGUCCCAUAGUAAGUGCGAAGGUCGGUCAAAUUAAAGGUCUCCGAGCGAAAGAUGGGAACUACUCGAUGUACUUGGGGGUGCCGUACGGAAAGGUCGACGAGGGAAAUCCGUUUGGGAAACUAUUCCUGAUCGCCUGUUUCGUGGCCUACGUCGCCGCCGACGUGUCACACAUCUUGCCACACCCUGGCUCCGAGAGGGAUGCUAAGAUUUUGAAGCAAGAGUUGGACGUCGGAGUGGAAGGGCAGUACCAGUGGGCGAUCGAGACCGAGAACGGCAUAUCGGCGCAGGCGCGCGGUGCGCUUAACAACCCGCAAGCGGAAAACCCAGCCCAGGUCGCGCAGGGUCAAGCUCAAUGGACGUCGCCAGAGGGCGAAGUUGUCUCCCUGCAGUACACGGCCGACGAGAACGGGUACCAAGUUCAGGGCUCCCACAUCCCCACUCCACCCCCGAUCCCGGAGGCCAUCGCCAAAGCUCUGGAGUUCAUCAGAUCGCACCCCCCACAAGUGGUCCCAGCCAACAGGAAGUAA